AUGAAUGCAAUAAAAACGGAAAGACUAUCGAGACUUGUGCUGUACAUAGAGGACAUAAAUAAAAUAAAGCAAGCUCUAAAGGUUAAACAGCAUAAUGAACUCAAAUUAGAGGAUGACGAAAAGAAAGAAUAUUUUUACGAUGCCAAUGAAGACAUAGAAGACUUCUUCAUUUUUGAUAACACCGUUUCGUAUCUUAAUAAUGACGUUGAAAGCAUAUUUUCCGAAGGUGAAAAUUCUUCAUUUUUUAAGGAUGAUGCAAGCAUAGAUAAUUUCUUAGAAGAGCAGAAAAAUAAAGCCAAUGACGAAUUUAAUAUGCUAAAUUUAUUUAAUCGUUUUUCUUUAAAAAAUUAUUAUAUGUUCGAUAUUAAUAAAAAUUUGUGUGCAAUAUAUGCGCGCACCCCUAUGAUAAUUAAAAAGUUUGCGGAAAAAAUCAACUCCUACAGCAGCACAGAAAAAACGGACGCCGAUUUGGAUGACACAAAGCAAGACGGAGUAAAUUUUCCAUGUGAACAUAAAAAUAAGGAAAAUUAUAAUUACUAUCCUGCUGCUCGUUCUCGUGAAAAUAAUCAAAAUUUGGAUGCCUACAUUCAGUUUCAUUGCGAAAAAUGGCAAGAAAAUAUGUACGACAUAGUUGAAGUAAAUAGCCUCGAAUUUGAUUUUAAUCGUUUAAGGUGCAACAUCAUGGCCUCGGUUCAUAAAGGUUUUAUAUGGAGGGAAAAGCGGAGUUGA